AUGGCCAAUAAACAGCCAAAUAGUAGUGGAAAAUCCAAAUCAAUAACUCAAAAGAAGGGUAUUUCUAUGAGUUCGAAAAAGAAUGCAAACCUGUCGACACCACAAAACUUGAAUACUGGAAAUAAUAAGAGCAAAAGGUUACCUAAGCAGGAAGAAAAAGAAGAAAGCACCGAUUCAGAGGACGAAACCUCAAACUCUUCUGAAAGUGACGAUAGCUCAAGUGAGGUUUCGUCUAAUGACUCGUCGGUUGACGAACCCGCAAAAACUAGUCUUAAAAAAGAUACAGCUAAUAAAAUUUUUGAAAGUAAUCAAACAAAAGAAACUUCUAGUGACGAAGAUUCCGAAGAUAGUGAGGAGGAAGAAGUUAAAAAUAAUAAAAAAGUUACUGACAAGGAAGAUAGUAGCGAGGAAGAUAGUAGUGCGGAAGAAUCCGAAGAUAAUUCUAAUAAUAUCUCAAAAGAAAAAAUUGGUUUGAAAGAGCUGCAAUCUAAUGAUAAGAGUGAGGAAGAAAGUGAUGACUCUUCUGAUAGCAGUUCAGAAGAUGAAGAAUUAGCAGAGACAGAAAAAAGAAAGUCUUUAAAUAACAAAUCUAGUGAUGCAAACUCUGAUGAAUCCAAUAACGAAGCCAUUGACGCACCACAACUUAAAAAAUCUAAUGCCAAUGCACAACAAACUUCCAGAUUCGAUAAUAAACGGAAAGCUUCGCAACAAGAACCCACUCCUUCCAAAAAACCAAAAACAAAUGUUUCUGAUCAAGGAACUUCUAUCUUUAUAGGAAAUUUAUCCUUUAACACGGAUAGGGAAUCUUUGCAACAAGCAUUUUCUCAAUUCGAAAUUGCAGAUGUUCGUGUAAUAACCGAUCGAGAAACAGGCAGGUCAAAAGGCUUUGGAUACAUAGAUUUUGUAAAUUCUGAAGAUGCUCAGGCUGCCAUGGAAUUAUCUGGCCAAAGAGUAGACGGAAGAGAAAUCAGAAUUGACAUUGCUAAUUCAAAAUCUCCUUCAAAAAACCGUUCUAACUUCAGUGACAAUACCAAUCAUCGAGAUGGUCAAGGCAGUUCCACCAUAUAUGUUGGUGGUUUGUCCUAUAAUAUCAACGAAGGUCAGCUUGCCGAAUUUUUCGAGGAAUGUGGUGAAAUAAAGUCCAUAAGACUUCCAAAGUUCCCAGAUACUCAACGUCCUAAAGGGUUUGGUUAUGUUGAAUUCACAGAUACGAAUGCUGUGAAUGCAGCACUUGAAUUGAAUGGUAAAGAUUUAUUGGGGCGCACAGUUCGUAUCGACAUUGCUUCCGAACGCGACUCCAAAGGUGUUGCUAAUGGUAAUGGUUUCUCAGGUCGUGGUAGUAAUCGUAGGGAUAAUCGUGGAGGUCGAGGCGGUGGUCAUCGCGGACUUGGUUUCAAUGGAGGAAGGGGCGGUAGAGGUGGUAGAGGUAGUAGAGGUGUAAGAUUUAAUCCAGCAGCAGCGAAUCGAGGUGCUAUUGUAGCAAGUCAGGGCAAAAAAAUUAAAUUUGACUAA